CGACCCGGCGUUGUUGCCGGAAGUGCCUACCGCAGGAACUUCCGGCGGGACCUUGUAGUAGAAGCCGGAAGUCCAGGCUGAGACGGGGCAGGGAUGUCUCUGUGGCUGCCGCGCUCCCGGGACCUGCGCGCGGGGCAGCAGGAAGACCCUCUGCCGAGGCCAGGCGCUCAGAUUUAUGACGGGAUUGAAUUGGCUUGUCAGCAGCAAAAGGAAUUUGUAAAGAGUUCUGUGGAAUGCAAAUGGAAUUUAGCAGAAGCCCAGCAGAAACUUGGCAGUUUAGCGUUGCACAACUCUGAGUCCAUGGACCAGGAAAAUGCCAAAGCACAGACUGAAGCUGCAGAGUUGAAAUGGAGGGAGGAAGAAUGGCGGCGGAAGGAGGAGGUGUUAAGGCAAAAGGAAAGACAGGAGCUGUGGAAUACAGAUUUUGUUAGUAAAGAGGUAUUUAAUAAGAGCUUUAUUAAUCAAAUGAAAAGGAAAGAAAUGGAAGAUGAUGCAUCAAAAUCAUUCAUGCAGAAACAUGAGCAGAAUAUUAGGCAUUUUGGCAUGUUGAGCAGAUGGCUCGACAGUCAGAGAUUUCUCUCUGAGCACCCCUACCUUGUCUGCGAAGAAACAGCUAAAUACCUCCUUUUAUGGUGCUUCCAUCUAGAAGCUGAACAGAAAGGGGCUCUGAUGGAACAAGUAGCUCACCAAGCAGUGGUAAUGCAGUUUAUUAUAGAAAUGGCCAAAAGCUGUAACGUGGAUCCACGAGGAUGUUUUCGUCUAUUUUUCCAAAGAGCUAAAACGGGAGAAGAAGGCUAUUUGGAGGCUUUUAAAAAUGAACUUGAAGCUUUCAAAUCGAGAGUGAGGUUUUGUUCACAGUCUCAGAACUUUCAAGCUAAUCCUGCUCAGAAUCCUUCAUUUUAUCCUGAUUUCAAUUGUAUAGGAGGGCUUGCAUCCUUUCCACAAAAUGCAGAUUCACUUCAGGGAUGCAGUUUGAACUCGGUGGUACACAGAGACGAAGAAGAACCUAAAAUGAUGGAUACAGUAUAGUACUCCUAAGACUGAGCCCAAGUUCUCUUAUUAACAAAAAGAAGAAUGUGGCAAAUUUCCUAGACUUAUUUUUAUGGGUACUGCACUUUAUUUUGAGUGUUUGUUUUUGGGAGAGAAGGUAUUCCAGAAACACACUUGUCUUUUUGUUGGAAAAUGUGCUGCUAUGUUUUUUUUUGGGGGGGGGGGGUUUCUUAGGAGAGGGGGAUUAUUGUGUGUUACUGAAUGUGAAACUGGAUGUUUUUCUGCCUUUUUAAUUUUAGGAAUCAAAGUUUGAAAAAGAAUCUGCACAGUUGCAAUGUUUACAAUUGAUUGAUUCUAGAAGGAAUCUGCUUUAAUCUUAUUAGGAAUACCCUUGUCUCCCUUGGGAAUACUAAAAAUCACUGUAAAGCAUUCUGUUACUUGCAUAGUUGAUGCUCAGAUCUGAUUUUAUCAUGAAUUGCAAUAAAUCAGUGGUUGCUAUCAACUUUGCAGAUCUGAAUGGCUCAGAUAAAAGCACUGGCCUUUUAACUCUGUUACAGGGAUUAAAUUUUUAUUUUCUGUUUUUUGGGGAAAGACCUUUUAAUAUUUUGUUUUGCCACUUUUAUGUCUUGAUGCGUAAGUGGCCACAAUUUCUUAUAAUGAAAUUAUAAAACAGUAUUUUCUAGAGACAACACUCAUGAAAAAACCUUCUUUCCUUGACAGAACUGGCUAAAACUAUCCGCCAUUUGUGAGAGAGGACAAAUCAGUACUAAUUGGCUUUGUACCUAAAAAAAGAAAAGAAAAGUAUAUUGUUCUGUGAUGAUGUCUUUAAAAUGAGCAUUUAAGGACAUUCAGGUGCCAAACUGAUUUGACUGUUUUCAGCUAUGUGUUAUGAGCGUGACACUUAAAAUCUAUUUUGGAAGGGUAGCUAUGCGUCAGGGCAUAUCGUCAGUUGGCAGUUUUAAAACCAAAACAUCUCCAAUGAUGUCGUCAGUGUAGGCCGAGCUCUGUUUUCUUUCCCCUGUAUUUUGUUUAUGUGAUACCAAAAGUAUAUAAAACCACUAGACGUGGGCGAUAUUUCAAUUCAGAGUCUGAAACCGGCAUGAAGUUCAGAUCACGAUACCGGUUUUGGACUUUUGGAGCUGGCAAGACAUCACUCCCAUCUGCCUGCACUGUGCUGGUUGUGACCAGGGAGCCAUGAUGUAUCGCCAGCUCAAAUUGGGUGCUCGCCCGCCUGCGCAUUUGCCCUCGCCCAAGCAAGCAGGGCAGGCUGCAUCUUUCCUCCUGGUUAGUUGUUCCUCCUGCGACAAACCGGGAGGAAAGAGGCAAGGCACUUGCUUGGGCAAAGGCAAUAUGUGCAGGCAGACGGAGGACCUUCUCAGGCUCCCUCUCCUGAGGAUGGGCAGCUGGGCUGUGGAGGGAGGGAGGGAGCGGGCAGGAGUCCCUUUGCCCGAGCAAGUGGGCAGCCUCCUUCCAUUCCUCCUGGUCGCUCCUCUCUCCCUCCACAGCCCAGCUGCCUUUUCAGCCUCCUUCAGUGUUAUUUCAGACAUCGUGAUAUAUCAGGACAUCGGGGUAUAUCACAAUGUUGAAAACCAGAUAUUGCCCAGCCCUAAAAACCACCAUUUCUCAUCCAGUUAUCAUGCUUCAACUGGCACUGCUUCCACUUAGCCAAACCAGGGAUGUAGGACUAUGUGUCGAAAACAUGAAUGUGCUGCUAGCUUUUUCUACCAGUACACAACCAUGUUUACCAAGUGUAUCUUAAUCAGUAAAGCACCUUGUGUUGCAUCAGUCCCAGAAUCAGAAAGGUACUGUAGAAUCUGAUACAAUAAGUUCUUUCGUUUGGCUCUGCUCCCUUGCUCUGCCCAAUAAGUAAAGCAAAAAGCAUACAAGGCUAUAGCUAAGUUCUUAAGAAACAGGAUACAUGCAUGGGGCAGCCUUCUAAGUGCACAAUGGGGAUUGUGUCUGUUGUCUGUCCACUGUCAGGGGGACAAACUGCUUUUUCCGUAGAACAGCGGUUUGCAGUAAGGAACUGCAGUGGGAAAAGCAAUGGAAGCUCUUGUCCACAUACGUGGUUCUCCUAGCAUUCCCGUAAUUCCUUUGGAUCUCAGCCUACAUGUGGAACAUAAUUCCCUCCUCUAACAUUUCCUGGUUAAAUAUAAAUCACCCCCUUCUGCUGCGGCUGGACGUUGCAGUUAAAAGGAAACGAGGGCUGCUUGUUUCCUUAGACGUGAUUAUUGUCAAGCCCAGUAUACAACUGGAGAAGUCUGAGAGGCUAGUUGAGAUUGUGAGAUGUGAUGAGAGAGAAUCAUGGAUACAGCUAUUUUACUUUUGGUUGGGAGGGGGGGGGUUAUAAACAAUGUUAGACUCCCGGAUUCCUCGAACAGAAGGGAUGGUGGUCAGGAAUACAUGAGUUUCUACAGAUUACAUAGUAACACUGAGUGCUUGCAUGUAAAAGCUUCUUCCAUGUAAAAGAUGGUGUUUUGAGUAGUAAUUCCCUUGAAUGAUCUUGUUGUAUAUAUGAAAUAAAAAUUUAUUCAAUUGUAUAUUGGAAAAAUUAUGAAUCCCAGAGACCAGGGAAUAUUUUGGGCAGAAGCAGAAAACUUUCAGCAAGCGACUAAAGAUACUAGAAUUUAUUAAUCUGCUGCCUAUGGAACCAGUCUAAAAGACAAUAGCAGAUGGGUCUCAGUAAUAUUAGGUUCUACGCUACGCAAUGUUAACAGCCUGCUUGAGCAGUAGAAAUCCACUUGUGAAACUAGACUUCUGUUUUCUCUCCUCCCUCUUAUUUGCCUCCCAAUCUUCUCUGGAGAGUUCCCAAACUAUUGUGAUGGGGAGAACUCAAAAAGCUCUGGAUAUCAUUGUAGUUCUUUAGUUCUUUAGUCAUGUCCGACUCUUCGUGACCCCAUGGACCAGAGCACGCCAGGCACUCCUGUCUUCCACUGCCUCCCGCAGUUUGGUCAAACUCAUGUUCGUAGCUUCAAGAACACUGUCCAACCAUCUCAUCCUCUGUCGUCCCCUUCUCCUAGUGCCCUCCAUCUUUCCCAACAUCAGGGUCUUUUCCAGGGAGUCUUUUCUUCUCAUUAGGUGGCGCUAAUGAUACUGGAUAUCAUUACUUCAGGACAAAUGUAGGGGCAUGGUACGUGGGCAGGCAACUGUGUUUCUGUUGCAUUCAGCUGAAAACAGGAACAUAAGCUUCGAACACAAUGUGUGAAACGGCCCUUAAGCAACAGUAUUCUGAAUCUGGCCUUCUCUCAACAUUCAAGAAUCAGUAGAAAAGGUUGGGCCAAGUUAAAAGAAACGGCAGCAAAAACAGGUGUUGUUGUUUGAUCUGACCCCGCCACCACUAUUCUAUGUAAACAGGAAUCGAAUGCCUAUUUGGCCACUUUUCUAGUUUUCUCACAUUAUUGUUGAGAAAGGGGUUAUAAAUACUUUGAUGCUAGAGGGGCAAAAGCAUCACGGGGCGAAACCGGACAUAUUGUACCCAACCUUCUUCAUUUGCAAAACAGAAAGGAAAUAAUUACAGGUAGAUAGCCAUGUUGGUCUGAGUUGAAAUAAAAUAAAAUAAAAAUUCUUCAGUAGCACCUUAAAGACCAACUAAGUUUUUAUUUUGGUAUGAGCUUUCGUGUGCAUGCACACUUCAUCAGAUACUUCAUCAGGAAAUCAGACACUGGUUGUUAAAAGUAAGCUACAGUUCUGCUUUCAUUCGUCCAAAGCAAGUUUUAUUAAGCGGUACAGCAAAACCUCUUAACAUUUUUCCAGUGGUCUGUGGAAGGUUUGACAAGCCCUGUUCUCGGCAAUACAGUUUGGCUUUGUAACGUCAUUAAAGAAGCAGAUAACUCGAAAGCCUUAAUAGGAGAACAAUGCGACAAAAUAUUGCUUCACAGUAAGACUGUCUCCUCCGAGUUUUGAAAAUAAAACACAACUUGCUGUUAAUAACGUGUA